CUAGUGCCUACGUCACUAACAACAAGAGCAAUCACCAUCAUCACGAUACAGUAGAAUAGCAUAAGCGGUGUAAGUUGCAGUAGUGGUGGCUGUGAAAACACGGCGAUUACUGCUGUACACGUUGCCCGGCUUCCGGCGGUCUGUAUCAUUGUUGCUGUUUUAGUAGUGAGUUGACGUCUGGCUGGACGACAACAACAUAGACAGAUAUCUCCAUGCUGGAAAGCUGUUGUCUCACUAGUAAAUACUGAGGUUAGUUUCUAUUAACAAGCGAGAUAGUCACUAAACCAAAUAAUAGAUUAUAAGUUAUAUAGAAACAUGUUUAAUCAACAAAUAAUACAUAACAACCGACCAGCACAUCAGAUGGAAUAUUGCUGAAGCUGGAAGCUAGUUAACUAAAAACAAAACACUUCUUUAUCACUUUUAUCAUCAGAAGCUAACGUGACACUACUAAUACUACUUCCGAGUGGUGUAUUUUACUUAACUAAGUCAGCCAACUGGAAACUUGUUUGAUAACGUGCCAGAAAGGUAACGUUGAAUGAAAGUGAGUCGCUGUUGUGUUUUUUAAACAACCACUUUUAAGUGUCAACUGUCCACAACUUCCACGUACAUAAACAACAAAGCCACACUUGAUUUUUCCCUCCCAAUUCCAAUAUUAAGCUAAUUAUAAUUAUCAAAACUACUUUUUGACGAAGUAGGAUAAUCAGAAAAAAAAAGUAAAAUAAAAUAUUACAUCCUGUACAUAUACAAAGUACACACAUACACACUCUUUCUUAUAUACAUACAUACACUGUGGACAACAUAUUAAUUUGUUUUCAAAGGUUUAUCACUUACUAAGGAUCAACAAUGGCUCGUAAUAGCAAGGAUACCCGUCGACGCUUAGCAAGUGGUGACAAAGAUAGGGAUCCUACUGUCCAAAUGCACCACUUGGGUGGAUCUGCAAUAGUUGCUGGUUCUUCUCACAGCAAUGGACAUCAUAACAAUGGUGGAAACGGUAGUAACAAUGGGAAAAGUAAACAUCGACGCUGCCCGGCUUCGGCCGGCCGUUUAGGUGUCUGGUCAUCCUUCGGACUGACGGACAGUGCAGCUGUUACUAAAGCGCUAUUGGUCCUUCUUAGUGUGGUCAGCAUCUCGGUCGCGCUGUAUUACCAACACCUUGUCCAUCUUCGGGAAAUGACUGUGCGAACUCCUUUGAACUCUCCAAAGAUGCUGUCCGAAAACAGUACGUCUCCUCUGAUGGACCCUGAUCGCUACUGGGGUACUUACAGGUCGCAUCUAUACUUCGGCCUGAAAACUCGAAGUCCCAGUUCUCCUGUUGUUGGAAUGAUGUGGAUGACAGAAUUUACACGAAACAUGCCGCCACCAGUGCGUCAUUGGUGUGACCAAGGGGACAACCUCUUGCGUUAUGGUUGGCUUAAGCAUGAUGGUGUCAACUUUGGAAUCCAAGAGAUUGUUGAAGACCAAUAUACAAUCCGGACAGAAUUUAUCAAAAGGCCAGGUGGUGACUAUGGUGGAGAUUGGACCACAAAAAUCAAAAUUACUCCAAAGAGUUCUGAAAGACAUGUGGUUGUCUCACUGAUGUUUUAUAUGGCACUAGAUGGGCCAGGAAAUUUGCAAACUAUAACAUCACAAAACAGACUGAAAUCCAUCUCAGGAUAUGUUAAGGAGCUUGGUGAUUUUGAACUAAAAUUUAACAAAGCUACUUCAACGUAUCAAAAAUACCAUCAUCUUGUUACUUAUGUCUCAAAUCUAGACAUUUUGAAAGAAACUGUCCAAGGUCAUUUGAAAGUAGAUGCUUGGGACAAAGGUAGAACACUCCCUUAUUUUGUAUUGAGAGGUAGAUCAGUACCAAGAGAUGCCCCAAGUGGUCCAAAUUUUAUAGUACACCAGGUCACAGCUGUUUUACCAGUAGAGAUGGAAAUAGUGUUUGAAUCUCAAAGCUACAGAAGAGAAAAUUCUUUACAGGGAGAUUCUUUCACUAAUUUAUUAAAUAGUUAUGUAGAAGAAUUUGAUACCAAGUUUGAAAAUACAUUCCAUUUAAAAGAGAAAGAUUUCAAAACUGAAGAAAUCAACUUUGCCAAAGCUGCCUUAAGUAAUAUGCUUGGAAGUAUUGGGUAUUUCUAUGGUGAGUCACAGGUGAAGUCCAUUUAUACACCAGAACCUGUCAAAUACUGGGAAACCUCUCUAUAUACUGCUGUACCUUCAAGAUCUUUCUUUCCUAGAGGUUUCCUCUGGGAUGAAGGUUUUCACAAUCUACUAAUAGUACAAUGGAACCCCACUAUUUCUAAAGACAUUAUAUCCCACUGGUUAGAUUUAAUAAAUGUGGAAGGUUGGAUACCACGUGAGCAAAUCUUAGGCUCAGAAGCUCAGAGAAAAGUUCCAGCUGAGUUUGUGGUCCAACAUAAUACAAAUGCUAACCCCCCAACACUCUUCCUUCCAUUGCAAAAAAUCAUUAAAACUUUAGUGAAGAGUGAAAAACCUGAAGAUCGGGCCUUUUUGAAAGCAGUUUACCCUCGCUUAAAAGCUUGGUAUGCUUUCUACAAUGAGACACAAUCUGGUAAUAUUCCAGGUACAUAUCGUUGGCGAGGGAGAGACCCUUUGGUGAAACGAGAAUUAAAUCCAAAAACAUUAACAUCAGGUCUUGAUGACUACCCUAGGGCAUCACAUCCUACAGAUUAUGAACGUCACAUUGAUCUUAGAUGUUGGAUGGCCCUUGCAUCUGGAGUGAUGCUUGAUAUUGCUAAAACACUCAAAAUGGAUUGGAAACCAUAUGAAGAAACUUACAACAUGCUGACAGACAACCAACUGAUGAAUGUAUUUCAUUGGUCAGAAAGCAAACAGCAAUACUGUGACUUUGGUUUGCACUCUGACAAGGUAAAACUUGAGCAGCCUAAAGCACCCCCACCAAAACCUGGUCAGCCUCCAAUUAAAUUAGAAAAAGUCAGAGUAAAUGUAUUUGAACCUAAGAUUCAGUUUGUAAAUUCCUUUGGCUAUGUAAGUCUUUUCCCAUUCCUACUGAAGAUCGUCAAUCCUGAUUCUCCAAAAUUGAUGAAAAUUUUGAAAGAUCUACAGGACACACAACUUUUGUGGACAGAUUAUGGUUUACGUUCAUUAGCUCGAACGGCUCCUCUCUACAAUCGCUACAACACAGAACAUGAUCCUCCAUACUGGCGUGGUGCUAUCUGGAUCAACAUCAACUAUUUAGCACUACAGGCAUUACACCACUACUCUACAACUGAAGGACCAUACCAGAGUCAGGCAAAGACCAUCUAUGAUCAACUUAGAGCUAAUAUCAUUAGGAACAUGUAUAAAGAAUAUUCAGAAACAGGUUACAUUUGGGAACAGUAUAAUGAUCGAACUGGCAAAGGUAAAGGCAGUCACCCAUUUACUGGGUGGUCAGCGUUAGUUGUGUUAAUGAUGGCUGAAAAAUAUUAGAUACUCUUCUUACUUUCCCUAGAAUAUCAAAAUAAUACAUUUUAAAAAUACAAAAAUAAAAAAAUGGGAUUAUAGAUUUAUUCUGACCUUCAUUUUCUGGGGUGUUUUUAAACAUUUUUCUUUCUUUUGUUUCUUUCAAAUCAUAGUUUAUUAUUCCAUUUUCUACCCAGUAUUUUUUCUUUUUAAUCACUUUUGUUCUUUUAAGCACACUUUUUUAAAGUUAUAAUUUUGAGACUAGACUAUCCCCUUUCCUUGCCCCCAGCUAAGUAUAUGAUGAUCUCAAAGAAUAGAGUUUGCUUUUGGAACUAAACUUUUCCCACCCCACACAUCCGCAGUGCUUUUAUAUUUUUAUUCAGAAUUAUACAGAACGUCCUUGGGGAUGUUAAUUAUUCAAAGCAAAACAUUUUGGUUUAAUAUUGAUAUUUUUCUAAGUUAGUGCAAUAUUUUACUUGCUUCCCUUAAAAACAAAUGUUACAUUUCAGUUUAUAUCUUUGUUAUUUUUCUAUUUUAUAUUAUGCAUAUAUAUAUAUACACACAUAAACAUAUAUGAGUGUAUCACACACACACACACACACACACACACACACACAUAUAUGUAUACAUACAAACACACAUGUAUAUAGACCUACACUCAUAUACACUUCCUUAAAUUUUUUCUAUGAAGAAUCCCAUUCACAUUCUCUGCUUCAGCUGAACAUUACAUGUUUACUAUAAUUGCGUUCUACAUUGUCACAUUGUAAUUUUAGCUUGAGAUUAAUUUUAUUAUUAUUAAGGCAGUAAGCUGGCAGAAUCGUUAGUUUCCCAGGCAAAAUUCCUAGUGGCUUUUUGUCUUUCUUCACAAUCUGAGUUCAAAUUCCACCUAGGUCAACUUUGCCGUUCAUCCUUUCAGGGCCAAUAAAAUAAGUACCAGUUGAACACUGGGAUCAAUAUAAUCAACUUACCCACUUCUCCAAAUUUGCUGGCCUUGUGCCAGAAUUUGAAAUCAUUAUUAUUAUUAUUAUUACUAUUAUUAUUAUUAAAACAGCAAGCUGGCAGAAUCAUUAAAACAUCAGAAAAAAGGCUUUGCAAUAUUUGUUCUGAUUCCUUACUUUCUGAGUUCAAAUCCCUGAGGUUAGCUUUGCCAUUCAUCCUUCCAGGGUCAAUAAAAUAAAUACCAGUUAAGCACUGGGGUCAAUGUAAUUGACUAGCUCCCUUCCCUAAAAUUUCAGGCCUUGUGCCUAAAGUAAAAAAGUCUAUCAUUAGGUGAGCUGACAGAAUCGUUAGAGUGUUGGAAAAAUGCUUCGCACUGUUUAUUUUGACUCUUUACAUUCUGAGCUCAAAUCCUGCCAAGGUCAACUUUGCCUUUCAUCCUUUUGGAGGCGAUAAAAUCAGAUGCCAAUCAAAUGAUAUCAAUUAAACUCUUUCUUCAAAAUUACUGACCUUGAGGCUAAAUUAGAAAUAAUUAUUAACCCUUUAGCAUUCAGAUUACUCUGUUAAAUGUAAUCCAUGUUGUUUUGAAUAAAUCAUGUAUUAGCUUGUAGCUUCAAGAUCUCAAUGAUGUGAAUGUUUAUUUUUAGAAUGAUAUUGUAAGAUAGGUGUGAGAGGCUGGAUCUGGCUGGUCUGAACAUAAAACAGGUAGAAUAUUUGGGUCUGAUAUGGCUGGUUUAAGUGUUAAGGGCAGUAAGCUGGCAGAGUUGUUAUAGCAUCAUUAAAAUACCUUAUCAUAUUAGUUCUAAGUCUUUACAUUCUGAAUUCAAAUUCUGCCAAGGUCAACAUUGCUUUUAAUCCUUUUGGGAUCGGUAAAAUAUAGUACCUGUCAAGUGCUUGGGUUGAUGUAAUUGACUUGCUGGCCUUAUGCCUAAAUAAGAAAGGAUUAUUAUUAUUUUUAUUAUUGAUUUUCUGCUUUAAUAAUAAUAAUGAUUUGUUUUAUUAGCCACAAGGGCUUUGUACUGGAGACAGUACAAAGGUGAAAUAGAAAACAAAGAAUAGUAUUGGGGAAGUGUUUACAAGUAAAAGGAUAAGAUUACUAAUAACAAAGAUAUUAAUUAAUUGAUAACAAAAAAAAUAUAGAACAACAGAUCAACAAGAAAGCAUCCUCAAAAAUGGUGGGGGUUCAGGGCACUCCACACAUAACUCUAGAUUACUGUGACACACUAAAGGUAAGUGCCAUCAUCCAGUUUUUGUUGUAAUCUGCAGCUGUAUAAUUAGAGUAAGUCCAUUUAGUCCACACCAGUUUUGCUUCUUUCAUCCAAAUUUCAUUGAUUAAUGAAAGGGCAUGACCUUCCUUUCUAUGGUCAGUUUCCUCUUCAAGUACCACUUGAAGAGGUAGAUGAGGGCUUGGCAGAAUGAUUAAAGCAUCAAACCAAAUGUUUUGUGUAUUUUGUUAUGACCCUUUGCACUCUGAGUUCAAAUUCUGCAGAGGUCAACUUUGCCAUUUUGUUACAGAAUUGACAAAAAUAAAGUGCCACUUAAGUACUAGAGUUGAUUUAGUUAAUUUACUCCUUUGAGCAAAUCUGUGUCCUUAUGCUUGUGUUAGAAAUUAUUAUUAUUAUUAUUAUUAUUAUUAUUAUUAUUAUUAUUAUUAUUAUUAUUAAGGUGGUGAGUUGGCAUAAUCAUUAGCAUGCUGGGCAAAAUACUCUGCAGUAUUUCAUCUGUCUUCACGUUUUGGGUUCAAAUUCCACUAAGGUCAACUUUGCCUUUGAUCCUUUCGGGGUCAAUAAAAUGAGUACUAGGGAAACCUUGGGGUUGAUGUAAUUGAUUAGUCCCCUCCCACCAAAUUUCAGGCUUUUUGCCUUCAGUAGAAAGAAUUAUUAUUAUGAGAGUGUAAAAUUGUUAAUGUUGAACAAAAUUCUUUACAAUAUUUAUUCUGGCGAACUGGUUGAACCAUUAGCUUGCCAGGCAAAAUGCUUAUGGCAUUUCAGCCAUCUUUACAUUCUGAGUUCAAAUUCCAUCAAAGUCGACUUUGACUUUCAUCCUAUCUGAGUCAAUAAAAUAAGUAUCAGUUGAACUCUGGGCUCGAAGUAAUUGACUUAUCCCUCCCUUGAAAUUGCACCAAAAUUUGUAACCAAUAUUUGUUCUGGGGUCAAUAAAAUAACGUACCAUUAUUAAGAAAAAUAAGUGCCAGUAUUUCAUUAUAGAUGAUUCAAUGGCCUACACCUGUAAACUGAAAUGUUGUGUCCUUAUUCUACAUCAGAAAUAAUAAUUAUUAUUAUUAUUAUUAUUAUUAUCAUUAUUAUCAUUAUUAUCAUUAUUAUUAUUAUUAUUAUUAUUAUUAUUAUUAUUAUUUAGGAGGCAAGCUGACAGAAUCAUUAGCAAGCCAGGCAAAAUUCUUAGUGGUGUCUCGUCCAUCUGUAUGUUCUGAGUUCAAAUUCUGAUGAGGUUAACUUUACCUUUCAUCCUAUUGAAGGUUGAUAAAAUAAGUAUCAGUUGGGCACUGGGGUCGAUGUAAUCAACUAGCCCCCUCCCCCAAAAUUGCUAGCCUUGCAUCAAAAUUUGGAGCCAUUAUUACUAUUAUUAUCAUUAUUAUUUUUAUUAUUAUUAUUAUUAAUAUUAUUCAAGGUGGUAAUCUAAGAGUCAUUAGAGCCUCAGAAAAAAUGUUUAACACUAUUUAUUCCAGCUCUUUACUUUUGGGGGUUCAAAUCCCACCAAGGUCAACUUCACCUUUCAUCCUUUUGCGAUUGAUAAAAUAAAGUACCAGUCAAAUACUGGGGUCAAUAAUAUUGACUAACUCCUUCUCCUCAAAAUUACUAGCUUUGUACAUAAAUCAGAAACCAUUUAUUCCUACUGUUAUUAUUACUACUAAUUUGGUGAACUGGCACAAUUGUUAGUGUUGGACAAAAUGCCUUGCAGUAUUUGUUCUGGCUCUUUACAUUCUGUGUUCAAAUCCUGCCAAGAUCAACUUUGCCAUUCUUCCUUUUAGACUCAAUAAAAUAAGUACCAUCAAGUACUGCAGUCAAUGGUAUCAAGCAGCCCUCUCCCUUCAGAAAUACCAACCUUGUGCCUAAAUCUGAGCCUAAUGUUACUAUUAGGAGAAGAAUAAGGGGCCAUGGAUUGACAAAAUCUUUCUAGAGUAUUGGACAGAAUGCCUUGCUUUGGCAUUUGGUGUGGCUCUUUAUAUUUUGAUUUCAUAUCCCUCCAAAGUCAAGUUAGCUUUUUAUCCUAUUAUGGUCAACAAGAUACACUACCAGUCGAGUAUUGGGUCAGUUUAAUCAAGUAGCCCCUCUCCUUAAAAUUUGCUGGAUUAUGCCUACAUUAGAAACAGUUUGCAGAAUCAUUAGAGCAUUGGACAAAAUGCCUUAUAAUAUUUCUUCCAACUCUUUACAUUCUGAAUUCAAAUCCUUCCAUAGUCAACCUUGUGUACCAUCCCACCAGGUCAAUAAAAUAAGGAACCAGUCAAAGACCGGAGUUGAUUGGUUGAAGAAAGAAUAUUAACUAAUAUUCUCUCCUCAAAACUCCUAGCCUUGUGCCUAAAUCAGAAACACUUAUAAGGGCAAAGUAUAGCAGAAUGGUUGACAAAUCAGUACAGCACCAAUGAAAAAAUUGCUUUGCAGUGUUUAGUUGCAGCAUUUUACAUUCAGAGUAGAUAUCAAACCAAGGAUAAAAUUUGCAUUUCAUCUUUCUGGGGCUGAUAAAAAAAAAUAAAUAGCAGUUGGGAAGGUUUGAUAUAACCAAUUGUCCCAUUCCUUAAAUGUGUACUCUUGUGCCUCUCUUAGAAAACACUAUUAUUCAAGUUGGCAGAUCAUUAGCACUUAGGCCAAAAUGCUUUGUGCUUUUUGCUUACUGAGUACAGAAUUUGUACUCAAGAUCAGCUUUGCCUUUCGUCCUUUCAAGGCCAAUAAAAUAAAUACCAGUUGAUCACUGAAAGCGAUAAAAUGGGUACCAGUGGAUCAUUGGGGUCAAUGUACUCGAAAAGCCUACUCCCCCGAAAUUUCAGGCCUUGACAGUGGCCUAUUAUUUCCUAAGAAGGCAAAUCAGUAAACCUAUUCAGUUGUCCUUGUAUUACAACUUGUUCCUUGUCAUAGCUUCUUUCUCAGCUCUAAUAGUUUUGUUAUUUUUUUUAUUUUCAAACUAGAAACGUCUUAUAAAAGUUGUAUGACAGCUGCUCAGUCCUUUAGUGAAUGCAUUUUAUAUAAGUUUUUAAAUGCUAUGUCAGUUGCAUUGGUAAUGCCAAUUAGUCUUACUUCCUUAACAUAUAUAUAUUGGGUUGGUGCAUAAUUAUUGCGGCUUUUUUUCAACAAAAAUAAUAACAUGUAACAAAAACAUCUUUAAAUGGUUAUUCCGGAGCAUAUUCACCAUCUAUUUCAAUUACUGCUUCCCAUUUGCUUGGCAGACAGUCGUUUCCAUGAGCAAAGAAGUUAAUGUUCUUAGAAGCAAUCCACUCUUUGACAGCGGCCACUAAGUCAUCCAAGUCAUCGGAUACUUUGUUCGUGAGCCAAUUUUUCAGCAAUCAAUUGAUGUGAUAGUCCGUAGGUGCUUCUGUGGGAGAAUAUGGCAGAUGAGGAAGCAGUUCGCAGCCCUUAUUGCGAUAGAUUUGAUGAGACAACACUCAACAUGUGGAUGUGCAUUAUCGUGGUGGAAGACAAUAUGGUUCUUUUUGCGCUCUUUUCAUCUUGAUUGCAGUCAAGUUGAGCUAGAUGAAUGUCAUUGUUUGAUAUUUAAUUGCCGCUUGCCAUUUUUGUCCAGAAUCCACCACUGUUGACACUCAUCAUCAUCAUCGUUCCACCAAUAACAAAUCCCAUUUGAGAUGAUUUCCCAGUGAAUGAUUCCGCUUCUGACCCACCAAACACACCCCAUUGCCUUCUUACAGUGAAUGCUUUUUGGUAUUCCUUUGGGUGAAACACCUGGUGAAAUGCAAACCUUUCUUUUGACGUUUUUGAAGAGAAACCACAAUUCAUCCCCAGUGAUGAGAUUCUUCAGGAACAGAGUUUGCUUAUUUCGCUGCAGCAAAAUCAGUAAAACUUUGGACAUGUUCAGCUUUGUUAUCGGAGAGUUCGUGGGGGACCCACCCAGCCAAUUUCUAUACUUUUCCGAGCUUUUUGAAACGAUGGUCCACAUUGAAGUCUUCAGCCAACAUUCUCGUUGUCAAGCUUUUAUCCUCUUCCAUGGCUGCCAAAAGUGCCUGGUCAUUGAAAUUUGAUGGUCAACCUCUUCCUUUUUCAUCUGUGAGGUUUGCAUCGCCUGAUUUGAACUUCCUGAAUCAUCUUUCAACUUGGCGUUUGCUGAUUGUUCUUUCACCAAAAAGUGCAUUCCAACCUUUCUCGAAGUGGUAGAGCAUAAUAUAACAAAUGUGGAUAUGAUUUUCAAUAUGUAUUUUUAUGAAAAAAAGUCGACCAUCAUUUAAAGAUAUUUUUGUUAAAUAUUGUUAUUGUUUUUGUUAAAUAAAAUUUGUUGAAAAAAAGCCACAAUAAUUAUGCACCAACCCAAUAUAUAUAUAUAUAUAUAUAUAUAUAUAAUAUCCAUAUAUAUAGAUGUAUAUGUAUAUAUUUAUGCAUUGUUUAUGUGUGUAUAUAUAUGUAUAUAUGCAUAUGUAUAGAGAGAAAAAGAUAUGCAAACAGAUUACACCAGUUUUUUCUACUAUUGUUUAUGUAUUCUAUGUGAAUUAUAAAUAUAUAUAUAUUUUUUAUAAAACUCGCAAGGCAAAAAAUGUGAUCAUUUUUAUUUAAACUAAUCUUUCUAUAAUAAAUGCAAUAAGAUAUAUUGUUAAAAACAAUUGCUCAAAAUCUUGAGAAUGACACUCAGUCAAUGCAGAUACAGAUAUAGAUAUUAAUUGCUUUAAGUUCAUACUUCAGAGUUUGUAAAAUCUUAUAAGUUGAUUAAUAUGAAAUCUAGUGUCUAACAAUAUCAAGAUUAAACUCUGGUGGAUUUACAACUGGAAUUUAAUGAAGAGAUACAAUAGAACACUAAAGUUUCAAAUGUUGCAUCCUGUUCUGAUAGAUGGAUGGAUAGAUAGAUGGAUGGAUGGAUAGAUAGAUAGAUAGAUAGAUAGAUAGAAGACAUUAUAGUAAACAGCUGAACAGAGUUUGUGAAGGUUUCAUAGACGGUUACUUAUUUCAUAGAAAUAUGUAUUUAGAGAGCCAAACACAUAUAUUAGGGUUGUUGGGGACAAAAACCCCAUUAUGUUGCUAUUUCUACAUAUUUCCUUUAAUUCAAUACAAACAUUAUUUUUAAACAGAAAUAAAAUAAAAUUGUUAUUUCUAAUGAUUUUUCCCAAACUUUUGAGAAAUUUGAUUAUAAAAAAAAUUUAUUAAUUGGAAAAAAAAUGCAUUUGCCUUAACGAAAAUUGUUUUUUGAAUAAAUAAAAAAAAAUCCAAAUUCA